AUGUAUCUAUUUACAAACUUCUAUCUCAUGUAUCUAUUUACAAACUUCUGUCUCAUGUACCUAUUCACAAACUUCUAUCUCAUGUAUCUAUUUACAAACUUCUAUCUCAUGUAUCUAUUUACAAACUUCUGUCUCAUGUAUCUAUUUACAAACUUCUGUCUCAUGUAUCUAUUUACAAACUUCUGUCUCAUGUACCUAUUCACAAACUUCUAUCUCAUGUAUCUAUUUACAAACUUCUGUCUCAUGUAUCUAUUUACAAACUUCUGUCUCAUGUAUCUAUUUACAAACUUCUGUCUCAUGUACCUAUUCACAAACUUCUAUCUCAUGUAUCUAUUUACAAACUUCUAUCUCAUGUAUCUAUUUACAAACUUCUAUCUCAUGUAUCUAUUUACAAACUUUUGUCUCAUGUAUCUAUUUACAAACUUCUAUCUCAUGUAUCUAUUUAUAAACUUCUAUCCCAUGUAUCUAUUUACAAACUUCUAUCUCAUGUACCUAUCCACAAACUUCUAUCUCGUGUACUAA